UCUAAAUCACUUUAGCGAACCUAUCUUGAAACUCGAAUUAUUUUUCAGUAUGGCGUUGUUGCAGGAUAUGAACAGACUAUUAAGUAGUAACACAUAAAUCGGGCAAUUCUUUUUCGUUGUGUUAACCUAUUAUCUUUUGAACAUAAAUACAUUUUUGACUUUUUAAGUUUCAGACAUUUUAGUUGUCAUUAAGAUUGUCUCUGCUCAAGAUUUACUAUAUUCACAUGCGAGUGACCUGUGUACAAUAAAGUAAUGGGUGAUUGUUGCUGCAAAGAAAAGGAGCCCGAUGAGACAAUAUAUGCACCCACUACAACACCGGUGGUAUCCGCGAUGAUUGACAAUCGUUUGCGGAUACCCAAAGUUGUUGACCCUAAAAUAGUUGAUCAAUUGGUGCUAGAAAUGCUUACAGUGGCAGCAUCCCGAGUUGAUACUGACGAGGAAUCGCCAGUUCCUCUCGUGAAGCUCCAUGUCAUAGCUGAUAAAGAAGAGGGAUGGAUACAAAUGGUAACAUCAAUGGUGAAUGUUAUCCCCUUAGAAGAUCCCUUCGGCCCGACAGCUAUUUCUAUAUUACUAGACGAUUGUCCAUUGCCGUCCAAAGAAUCAGUUAUAAGAGUGACACGUAUGUACGCAUUGUCCGCGGAACGCGCAACCAUUGGCGACGUGAACACACGCGUUGAGCGCAACAUAUGCGUGGUGUUGGGAUGUAUCGCUGAGAAGUUAGUGGGACCAAACAGCAUGGCUAUUCUUACAAACGAUACACUCGAAUAUUUACUCGCUUUUUUGACGCCAAAUAGUGCUCCGUACAUAGUAUUGUUUGCGCUCAUAGCGCUUGAAAAAUAUGCGCACACGACGGAGAAUAAGUUGACAAUAAAGAAUCGAUUCGAGCAAUUAAACGAGCACCCUUUAUUGGAACUGGAAAAAUAUGCCGAUAGUGAUAAUUACCUGUGGCGACAGGUCGGUUUCUGCGCUAACUGGCUCCUUGACAAUCUGUUUAUCGUUGAGGGAAGGAAGUUGUCUUACGAAACCGUGGACAUGUCCGGCAUAAACGCUUUACUUAACUGUCACGACGUCAGUGAAUACUUGCAGAUAUCAAGCAACGGCCUUGAAGCGAGAUGUGACUCCUAUUCAUUUGAAAGCGUCCGCUGUACGUUCCAAGUGGAUAGCGGGUGUUGGUACUACGAGUCUAUUAUAAUAACAUCUGGUGUCAUGCAAAUCGGGUGGGCAACGAAAAACAGCCAUUUUCUAAAUGAAGAGGGUUACGGCAUUGGUGACGAUAUGUUCUCCUUGUCCUACGACGGCUGUCGUAAGCUAGUGUGGUACAACGCCAAGCCGACCCGUGUUACUCACGUACCAGCUUGGCGUCCUGGCGACGUACUCGGCUGCCUGAUCGACAUUACAAAAAAGGAAGUCAUCUUCUCACUCAACGGACAACGACUCUCGAUAUGCAAUGAAAUCUUCGAAACGACCAAGUACGGUUUCUUCGCUGCAGCUAGUUUCAUGGCGUACCAGCAGUGUCGUUUUAACUUUGGCUACGAACCGUUCAAAUAUCCACCCGUCGAUAGAGAAUUUUCCGCAUUCAAUGAUUACGGUGAACUGACCGAUGAACAGAAAAAGGUUAUACCUCGACGAAUAUAUCUAGAACAAUUGCGAUGUUCAAGUGUAAAGGAAGAUUCGUGUACGCUUUGCUUCGACGAUACCGCGUGUUGCAUUCUUGAGCCUUGCGGACAUCGUGGCUUCUGCUCCGUGUGCACAUCCCAACUGAAGGAUUGUCCAAUGUGUCGGGCUGAUAUUUUGAACGUGAAACGCGAGAUCACAUGACAAGGUGGCCCUUUAUUAAAUCGCCUCUAUAGUCGGUUUACGUAACAUUUCAUCGCUCACCACACAUAAAACAGCGGACAACAUUAGAUUCAUAUUGACGAAUGAAAAAUACCGUAGACAAUUGCUUAUUUUUAGCGAUCAAAUUGCUUUACAUAUUCCAUACAAAUCGCUUGACAAUAGACAACAUUGACGAUAAGGAUAUCUCUCUAUUACAUUGACUGUCAGUGCUGUCUAGAGAUCGAUAAAGAAAUUAGGAAACGAUUCGUCAAUUAUGCAUUUUGUCUAUGCUCGCAGAUAUUUAUUUAUAUAUCAAUAGGCAAAUUUUGACUGAAUCCUUCGGCGUGUAUCGAUUUAAACGUUAAAUAUGCAUUUAUUUGUAUUUACACAUAUUUCAGAGCUUUUUGUCGCAUUUUAACUCUAAUAUCAACAGAUAAACGUACUAAACGUUAAAUUAAAUCAAGACACAAUAGUGACAUGAAGUACGGUAUGACCUUGAUCGCCUAAUCACUCGAAUAAAAGUUUUGAUAGGAUUUUUUCUCAAUCACUUUUUGCUAUAGUUUUAGUAUAUGUCCCUUUACAUUAUAGUUGUGCAAGAUAAAGGGAUAUUAAUAAAAAAAAAUGUUUUAUCUUUUUUUUUGUCUGUUAAAAUAGUGUACGUACUAUAAUUUAUCACAGAUUAAAAUAAAGAGCUAGAUUCUAGUGAAAACAAUUAUGUUAGAGAUGACGUAACUAUUAAGAAAUAUACGAAUGUACUAUAGGGCUUGUUAAAUUUUUCUACUUGAAACAGUAUUUAUAAAUUAUUUAGUUAACUGAGAUUAUUGCGAAAAUAUAAACCGUAGAUUAUUUAAAUUAAGACAGUUUUAACUUUGGUUUUGUUGUAAAACCUAUAUGUCUAAUGGUAAGGUUAGAAUGUUAUGAGGAGCGUAUUAUAAGCCUCGAGUUAUUUUAAUAAUAUCACACAUUGUCGGGAUGCUGACAACUUUAACACGUGUCGGGCUAAGGUUACGUGCAAAACGUCAAAUUGUGUGUUUUUAUUCAGCACAAAAUAGCACAGCUUUAAAAACGCAUU